UGCUACGAUAAAAAGCAGAGAGAAGAAGGAUCAGGACAGAACAGUCCCAGCGACAAAUCCCAAGGACACUACAAAACCGCUGCAGAGAUACAGCUGACACUGACCGAUUUACACGCUUUUACACUGGUCCUUGACUAGCCAUGACCAGAACACUAUUAAUGCUCCUGUCUGCUCUCUGCUGCUGUCUAGCGGACAAUGUGGAGCUGCUCCGCUCAAAGAGAGGGACUCGUUUUUAUAGAGCACGUUGUGUCGAUAGUGAGUCAUCAGCAGUGCGUAAUUUUGGGGACACUUGGCUGCGAUGGAGGGGACAACGUGUGGAAUAUUGCCGUUGUACAUCAAGUGGACAACAGCUUUGUCAUUUUGUGCCCGUCAUCAACUGCUACACGUCUCAGUGCUAUAACGGAGGGAUCUGUAAGGAGGCCGUGUACACUUCAGACUACAUCUGCCAGUGUCCCAGAGGCUUCAGUGGGUCUCAGUGUGAGAUCAACAACAAUGAGAAGUGUGUGGCGGGGCAGGGCACAGGGUACCGUGGCACAUGGAGCAUCAGCCAUACAAGAUCAGAGUGCAUUAACUGGAACUCUACAUCACUGAGGGGAAGGAGGUUCACCGCCAGUAAAGUGGACGCCAGCAUUCUUGGAUUGGGCAAUCACAAUUUCUGCAGGAACCCUGACAAUGACAACACUCCCUGGUGUUACGUCUAUAAAGGCACUCAGAUCAACUGGGAGUUCUGUUCUUUGCCAAAGUGUCGAGAAGAUAAGUACAGAGAGUGUACGAUGGGCUCUGGGCAGUCUUACAGAGGAACAAAAGCUGUCACUAAGAGCGGCUCUCGCUGUAUCCCAUGGGACUCACCUGCUGUGAAGCGCAAGCUCAACAAUGCAUGGAGAUCGAAUGCACUGGAGCAGGGAUUGGGCAGCCACAGCUUCUGCAGGAAUCCAGAUGGUGAUGUGGGUCCAUGGUGUCACACCUACAAGAACAUGCAGCUGACCUGGGAGCUCUGUGACAUUCCUAAAUGUUCGAGACGGCCACCUAUGAUCCCCACUCUUGGCCCUCGUGCCCCCACAACUAACAAUAACAGAGCAACUUGUGGCCAGCGUUUGGACAACACCCUGAAUCGCCCCGCCUACCGCUUGUUUGGGGGCAGAUUGAGCGACAUCACGGAGCAGCCCUGGCAGGCAGCCAUAAAUGUUUUCAGUACCCGUAGCAAACAACACUUCCACCUAUGUGGAGGAGUCCUCAUUGAUUCCUGCUGGAUCCUCUCUGCUGCACACUGCUUCGAGGAAAGACAAAAAGCAGAGGCGUUGGAGGUGAUUCUGGGCCGAACAUUUCGGAAGCAGAAUUCAAGCAGCGAGCAGAUUUUUGAAGUUGAGAAGUACUGGAUCCAUGAGAACUUUGACAAAGAAACAUUUGACAAUGACAUAGCUCUGCUGAAGCUCAAGACGGACAUUGGCAUGUGUGCUGUAAACUCUCCAGAGGUUCAUCCUGCAUGUCUGCCUGAACCAGGGCUGGUGCUGCCUGACUGGACUGAGUGUGAGAUCUCAGGCUAUGGAAAAGACUCUGAAUUUGCUGCAAUGAACUCCGAGCGUGUCAAGAGAGGUUAUGUUCGUUUGUGGCCCAACGAGCGCUGCGUCCCAGAUGUGCUGUCUGGACGCCCUGUUACCUCCAACAUGCUGUGUGCAGGUGACACCAGAGGCCUGGAUGAUGCCUGCAAGGGAGACUCUGGUGGCCCACUCGUCUGCCGAAACAAGGACAGGAUGACCCUUAUGGGUGUGAUCAGCUGGGGUGAUGGUUGUGGGCAGAGAGAUAAGCCUGGUGUUUACACCCGUGUCACUCAUUACAUCGACUGGAUUAACGGCAAAAUUAAGGCAAACCCAGUCUAAUGUAAAACAGACUUGCAACGAAGACAUUGUUGGAUGAACAGAGUGGGUAAUGUAACAUACAUAGAUAUGUUCGUCAGCAAAAUCACAGGACUCAUGUUCAGAGCCAGUUUACCUGAAUCCAAACUGGAUUUAAUACCACUCCUUCAGAGAUGCACAAGAAGGACCUCAGUUGUGAGUUUUUACACUCAGUGUAGCUCCAUGUUUUCAAGUUUGUUUCCUGUUACUGUUUUGAAUGCAACAGUAACAAUGUACAGAAACGCAGAACAAGCUCUUCUUCCUCCUUCUGGGCCAUCUUAAUCUUGAUGACAUUUUUUGUCCUUUCAUGCAUGGAAAAGUUUAAUUGUGCCUUGGUAUUGUCACCAUUGGACACCCAGCACAGAGAGCGGGCUGUCACCAAACUGGAGGUUCAGGCAAUGAACUUAAUAAAAUAGGAAAUGCCAGUACAUGUAUAUUCCUCUUUCUCUUAUGCUGGUUUAUACUAUGAAGUCACAGUGAUAUACUUGAGGUCAGUAGCACUUUUAUUGAACGCUUCACUCAACACAGGCAUUUCGUUUGCACAAUAAGUCACAUAGGAAUGCUUUUACUGCUCCAAAAGGGCAUUUUAAGAUGUUCUGUGCACAGAUUGUGACCUGUCUGCUAGAUCUGAUGUCAUGUUCACUUGAUUAGUUUUUAUGCAAAAUGUCCUGCAUUUGCUUAUUUUAAAGGCCUUAAAUAAUGGAUUUACAUUUUUUUAAUUUUUUUAAAAGUCUUGUUGUAAUGAUUCCUCCUGUUCAUACUGUCCAUUACAAGAUUCCUUCAUAAUGCACUUGCAAUGUAAGUGAUGGGAUACAAAAUCCACAAGCCUGCUGCACAAAAAUGCAUUUAAAGUCUCUUUGAAGUUAAUAUGAAGCUUCAGUUGUCCAAUUAAGAUACAUCAAGUCAAUAUCUUUCAUAGUUACUGUAUUUUUAGUGUCAAACUCAAUCUUUUUGUUACGAUCCUUCCACUGUGCAGCUGAACAGGAAACCACUGUCUGUCAAGACAAAAAGAUGGAAUUUAAUAGUAAAAAGACUGUGACCACUUUAUUUGACAACUCAAGACAGCUAAAGCCUAAUAUUUUCUUCAAAUAAACUUUUAAAUACAUUUCCACUCAAAAUGAGGACUGCAGAUUUUAUCCCCCAUCAUUUACACUAGACGCUCAUUUGGAGGAGAUCUUUUAAUGGUCAGUGUGAACAGGAGUAAUGAUUACAGCAAGAAAAAACUGCCUCAGUGUCCAUAUAUGCACCUGACUGUUGUUUUUAACACAGACUUGAAAAAUUGUAAGCCUAUUUAAAAAAAAAAAAUCAGACCUUCAUCAAUAUGACAGCUAUCUGCUGGUUCAGAUUCUGCUUGUUUUUAUUGCAGUUUUUGCUCUUUUAGUUCCCUGCUGCCUUACAAGUGAGAAAGGACAGGCAUUCAACAUUCAACAAACGUGUGUCCUGUUCAUUAAGCUUCACUGCAAAGGCAGUAAAAUCUUUGUAAUUUUAUAUCCGACUCCCAGAGCACUUCUCCACCAGACAGCUGGGUUGAGCCCAGGAUGUACAGUAUAUGCAGUAACAUGUAUAUGUACAGUUUUUAUUGGAAAUGUCUGGGGGCUGUUUUCUCUGUUUAAUGUUUAACUGCUUAUUGACUGCAAAGCUAAUCUUCUUAACAAACUCUGUUUAUCUUUCUUAGAGUUGCAAUGUGAUAGACUCUCAAGGGAAACUAAGUUUUAGAUGUUUUGUACUAAAUUAAUAUUUAUAUGUAUUUUCUAUUGUUUUGUAGAGACUUAAAUAUAUAUUUGAAUGUGUGUACUGUAGUGUAAUAAUUUAUUGUCUCUGCCAUUAUAACCACAAUGUCUGGCAACAUACUGCUUUGU